CCCAAUUAUACGCAAGAUAUCUUUUUCUUGUUAUUGUUUUAAAAUCAUUGAAGCGUUUAACAUCAAUUUAUUACAAACUAUUUGUUCAAUAAGUUUACAUUUGACGUAUUCUUAUAUCAAAGGAUUUUUGGAAAAUUAUUCAGCAUCUGAUAAACGUCCAUUUGGAACCACAAUGAUUAAUAACUCGAUAUACUUCAAAUUUCUAUUAUUUCUGAUGAUAAUCAUUUUGUUAUUCCUUUUAACAUUGAACAUAAAGAUUGCGCAUAAUAAGGAACCGACAUUGCCAGAACAUGUGACCUAUAUUGACGAAAUAAAACAUGUGCGUAAGAUCUGCGGGGAACUUUGUAAUACCUCUCGUACUGGUAUUCCGGGUAAGUUCUUUAACAAAAUAAAUGCAACGGUUAAUUGCAAAGCAUUAUUUGAAAACGAAUAUAUAGAUUCAACACAUGGUUUUCCACUGGCUCCAAGAAAUAUUCCUAAAGUUUUUCUACAGGAGUUUACUAUGGGAGGAAAAAUAGAAGUAAAUAGAGCCUAUUUCAAUCAGCCGUAUCUUGGAAAUAAUGCUAGAACCCCUAUCUGGACCAAAUCCUUAAUUUCUGAGUAUUUAUCACAAGCGAAGCUAGGAAAAUUAUUUGGUACUUAUGGCAUAUCUGAAACAAAUGCAUUAAGAGAUGGACUUAGACAUGCACCGGGUGUAAAAAACGGACGCAUCCUAGUGAUUGGGUCAGAGAAGCCAUGGGUUGAAGCAUGUUUGCUAGAAGCGGGCGCAAAAAAUAUCGUUACACUUGAAUAUGGCAAAAUAAAGUCUGAACAUGAGCAAAUUACAACAAUGGUUCCGUCGGAGUACAGACGUCAUUUUUUAGAUAACACACUUGGAUUAUUUGAUGCCGCAGUAUCUUUCAGUUCGAUCGAACACUCCGGACUAGGAAGAUAUGGUGAUGCUUUAAAUCCGUGGGGUGAUUUAAUUGUAGUUGCUAGAGUAUGGUGUGUAACAAGGAAGAAUGGAUCACUUGUACUUGGUGUAAUGUACGAUAUUAAUCAUGAUUUUCUAGCCUUUAACGCACACAGGUGUUAUGGAAGAAAGAGAUAUCCGUAUCUGAGUACGAAUUGGAAUCAAUAUUAUUUAGGAAAAGGAAUACAACGAGUUCAUGUUUUUACAAAAUAAAUUAUCGUAUUCCAUUGAAAGUUAAUAUCCUUCCUGUUUAAUUCUAAAAAAAAAGAUAUUUUUGUUUGUUCAUGCAAUUUGAAAAAAAUGUUGUAAUCAGUUGUGUGUAAAAUGAAAAGGGAAUCGGUAAAAGUAAUAAGUGUUACGAAACAUACACGUUAAACUUUGUGCUUAAUUUUGAUGUAAACACAUGGGCAUACAAAAUACUUAACUAUACUAAAUCGGUAGAUGAUACUGAUUCUGUUAAUUUAAUACGGAGGAGAGUCACAAACUUAUCAUGAAUACUACUUCUUGUUUUGCUUUA